UGUUAAUUUAUUGGACAUCUUCGCUUAAAACCUGUUUAGCUAUCUUUUUUAUUACAUUGUCAUCUCAAAAGGUCGACAAAAAUCAGUAUAUAAGGGUAUUUCGGAUUAGUAGAAAUCACACAUUCAGACAACACACUUGAAUCAACAUGAAAUUAUUCGUUGUUCUCGCCGCCUUCGCUGCCAUCGCUUUGGCCCAACCUUUGGACUCCGACAAGGAUGCCCUUGUCCUGAAGUACGAUGCUGAUAACAUUGGAGUCGACGGAUACCAACAUACUUACGAAACCAGCAACGGUAUUUAUGCUUCUGAACAAGGACACGUCAUCAACGCUGGUACCGAAAAUGAAGCUAUCGCCGUCAAGGGAGAAUUCAAAUACGUAGGCCCAGAUGGUGUCACCUACAGCGUCUCCUACAUUGCCGAUGAGAAUGGUUUCCAACCACAAGGUGCCCACAUCCCACAACCAGAACAAUAAGUUAAUUACCAACUGCCAUGAAUUUGACUCAACGUACCUUUAAUAAAGACAUAUUAUAAAAUCCAA